UCUUGAUUGAUACGCACGUACGCCGUAAUUUUUCAAAAAUUGUUUGAUUUAAAAAAAUCAAAUUUUGCAUGAAAAAUUGUCAUUCCGUACAAAUUACUUGAUUCUUUAAAUGGAUACAAAAUGUAUUCACGAUUCUACAAACUUUUGACCAAUCAAGUUUUUCUGAAAUUAUUUAAUAAGUGAGUUGAAAACUUGGUGGUACAUAAAUAUUUUAGGAAAUUAUAGUAAUAUUUUGGUUAAAGAAAUAAAAUAAAUAUGUCGGGAUUAGUGUUAAAAUUUGUGAUAAAUCCGCACCCCACGAGGAGACGGAGGCGGACGACCAAUUCGUGGUUGUCUUACUGGCUUAUCGGAGUCUUUAUCACGAUCGGGAUACAUUUUCGAGCUGUAACCGCCGAGAUCAAAUUCAUCCCCGUCAAUCGAUCCGCCCACUCCAAAGGUGACCACGUAAUUCUAGACGGGCGUGAAGUUGACCGACCUCAUGAACCCCUCGGUCUGGAAUCUGCCAUCAUCCCCACGGUUCAUCUGACCCCAAAAGAGCUCAGCCUAAAUUACACCGAAGACGUCGCAAAAAUUGCAGACACACCCAGCAUCAAUGACGCCCCAGUCCUCGAGUUUCACGACACGUCAAACCUCCAAGACGAGGAGGACGAAGACGACCGUGACGAUGAUGACGAUGGUGAAGAAGAAGAAGAAGGUGGCGAGAAAAACAGCUCCCAAAUCUCCCGAGAAUAUCUUGACGACCAAGAUCCAGAAACCAAUAACCCCACCGAUCCUGACUCCGAUCAGCAAAGCUUACUUCCCACCAAACGCCACCGUCGUCGCCUCAUGCUCCUCCGAGGAAUCGGUCAUCCGCGGGGGCACGAUCCCGAAAUCGCCGUCCGCCAAACGACCUCCACCGUAUCCUCAAUUUCCUCCACGACCUCCUCGACCCACCGUCCUCCGAAGGACUUCGUCAUCUACGCCCUGCCAGAACAAUCCUUUUGGGGCGUUAAGAAAACGAAACGUCGCCACAACAGUGACAAGGUUACCAACAAAAUCCCCUCCACGCCCCGACUUGACGACACCCCGCAGACCGCGCAGGCCAUCCCGGUCUCUUUAAUCCAACCCGAACCAGAAUUCAACGACACGGCGGCGUCGACAUCCUCCCGUGGCGUCAGUGAUUUUUAUUACGAAACGCCACAGCAAAGUAAUAUUUACCACGAGGAAAAUAUUGUCCCGACGACGCAACCACCGCCACCGGAGACGACGACCACCUUCGCGACAACGACGACGCCAACGACAACGUCGACGACAACUUCCUCCACGACGCCCACGCCCAGUCCGGAAGACACGUUGAAGAUGACCCUCGCCGAGAAAAAGUUUCAUCUCGGACAAUGCAUGAGAUACUGUAUGGAUGCUAUUUUAUGAAAUGGUUUUCAGUAAAAUUAGGGAAAUUUAUUAUUAUGCACAAUAAAAUAAUUAAAUUAUAUGAAAGAAAUAUUA